GAUUGCAGAUGUGCUUUGACCACGGCUGAGCUCACAAUGGAUACCUGUCUUUGUGCAGCCAAUUAUUGUGUUGUCGCAUUUCCCCCAGUGCCUGCCUAGCUCAAGGCACACAGCAGGAGCUUAAGAAAAAUCCAAUGAAAAGGAAACGAAUGGAAUGAUACAAGAAUGACCUAAGAGGCAAACUAAGCGGGCUGGAAGACAAGUGGUGAAUUACCGCACAGCGGCGGCUAGGAGGCAGCAGAGCCCAGCAACCGGGAAAGUUUUUUUUCCUUUUUGAGUCAACUCCUUGGCUUCGUCUGUCACCCAACUCAGCGGCUUCACCAAUCACCAACCAUGGGCUCUAAGCCCCCCAACUUCUCGUGGGUGCUCCCGGGCCGCCUGGCGGGGCUAGCGCUGCCCCGGCUCCCCGCCCACUACCAGUUCCUGUGGGCUCAGGGAGUGCGGCACCUGGUGUCCCUGACGGAGCGCGGGCCUCCCCACAUUGACACCUGCCCGGGCCUCAAGGUGCACCGGCUCCGCAUCCCCGACUUCUGCCCGCCGGCGCCUGAGCAGAUCGACCGCUUUGUAAGCCUCGUGGACGAGGCUAACGCGCGGGGAGAGGCUGUGGGGGUGCAUUGUUUCCUGGGCUAUGGGCGUACAGGUACCAUGCUGGCCUGCUAUCUGGUAAAGGAGAAAGGCCUGGCAGGGGGAGAAGCUGUGGCCGAGAUUCGGCGACUGCGACCAGGUUCCAUCGAGACCUAUGAGCAAGAGAAAGCGGUUUUCCAGUUCUACCAACGAACCAAGUAGGGGAAAAUGUGGUACCACACUUCCCCCAACCCAUAUGGUACAUGGACCUGAGAAGCUGGAGCCAAAGCCAGAACCAGUCCAUGCUGUGGAGAAGCAGGAGAUCACAGCAGCAACCAUACUCUAUCUGGAUCAGAAAAGAUACAACCCUCUUCUUAUCAGACUUAUAGAAUGAACCUGACUACAGGAGUGGCCAGUAUCCACGUGUCCCAUUAUAGACAUAUGUACAUGGGCAAACAUUGUGUUUUCCUCAAUAAAAUGAUCACUGAAACUUC